AAAAGGAAACAGCUGUCACUAGCUGUCAAAAACAUUUAAGUUUAGUUUUGUGAUUUCGUAUAUCAUUAGUUUACAAUCGGCAUCUUUGGAUAUAAUAAUAAAAAUGAGUACAAAGCGUAAACACAUCGAGGAUGAGUUAUCCCGCUUUGAAGCAGAAAUAUCUAAACCAGCAUCUCAGCCUGCGCGGAAUUUAUUUGUGCCCAGUCAAGUGCGGCCUAUAAUAGCAGCAAACACUUAUAGUCAGGUUCAGCAAAAGUUGCAGCAACAUCCGCAGACUGCAACAGCUGCAUCUUCUACGCCCGCCUCCUCUUCUGUGCAAGCAGCUCCACGCAUGACUGUGCCGCCACCAACAAUCGCGCCACCAACCUUCAUGUCCACCUUUGUACCCACUCAAACAAAUGGUGGUGGCGGUCCCUCGAAGUCGGGAGCUCCUUCUGGUGUUAGCAUUACAGCGACACCAGUUGUAGUUAGUAGUGCGCCAAAACUUUAUCAAAGUAGACAGUCAGUGAACGUGCCGUCUACACCGCAUAUAGAUAUCAAUGCCAUACAAUUUGACGUCACGCAAAAACUAAAAAAGCUAAAAGCAGAAAAGUCUGGACCGAAUCCUAUAGCUGAGGAAGCAAUAAAAGCUGCUCGAGCGUCCUCUGCGUUGCAAUCAUUUCAAACAACUGAACGUAAAAAGAAAGAUCGUAAGACUAUACGCGUAGCUGGUGGAUCUGUUUGGGAGGAUUCUUCUCUAGCCGACUGGCCUGAUGAUGAUUUUCGUAUAUUUUGUGGUGAUUUGGGCAAUGACGUAAAUGAUGAAGUUUUAACCCGUACUUUCAAUAAAUAUCCAUCGUUCCAAAGAGCUCGUGUUGUACGUGAUAAACGGACUGGGAAAAGUAAAGGAUUUGGUUUUGUAAGCUUCCGAGAGCCGGCGGACUUCAUACGUGCGAUGAAAGAAAUGGAUGGACGUUAUGUAGGAAGUAGACCUAUAAAACUGAGAAAAAGUACGUGGAGGCAACGUAGUUUGGAUGUAGUGAAAAAGAAGGAACGUGAAAAGCAAUUAUUACUACAAUCUUUUAAUUCUUAAACUCAGUAAAUAAGAGCUUGUGCAAAAUUUGACCCUAAUUAAUUAAAAAUUAGUAUUUUAGAAAACUAUUUUCAACUGAAAUGCGAAAAAAUUAGUUUCUUAGACUUUAGACAAUAAAAUUUUGUGCACUACAAACGAAAAAAAACGUGUAUUAUACUUUAAUAAUCACUGGAUCAAUUUAAAAGUUUUGGAAAAGAAAUGAAAAAUAAAGUAAUUUUGGAAAAGUCUAAAAACAUCUAAAAUUAUCUGACGCCGACCUAA